GCAAACAGCCUGGGCCGAGGAGCUAGUCGAUUGCUACUAGACGACCCGGUGAUAAACGUGUAUAUGAAGGCUGAAACACUUGACUGACAAUGGCUCUUAUCAGAAAAGCGAAGUCAUCAGUACUUCUCGUAAGUAUCCUGGUCGCAGUUUUUGUCAUCAUUUGGCUUCUGACCGUCCACCAGCCCAGUGAAACAUAUCCGCGGCUAUCUUCUGGAAUGGUCCCCAACUCAAACUUGAUAACAAUGUUUGAUGGAGGACAAUCCAACACUCACCAUGUGUUAAACACUAAGUAUGUCAUCUACAGGUGUGCUAGUUUUGGUCACUGUGGCGGAUGGUCCGACAGACUUAAGGGCAUUGUGAUGGCAUACUACAUCUCUAUGGCAACGCGAAGAAAGUUUGGUAUCGAUAUUACAUCGACACUAUGUAACCUGACGUCAUUCCUCACACCGAAUUCUGUCCAGUGGGAUGACGCGCGGUUUGAAGUCGCGCGAGAUGAUAGACCAGUAGGUGUGUAUGAUGAGCUGAACAAUGUCGGCUUCAUAAGCAGCGUGAAAUCGUUGAACUUUACCACCUGGUUGAAACAUGACGUUGCUUAUUUUGUUGCGAAUUUGGACUACGUUGAUGCCCUCAAGGCUAAUAAAGCUCAUCGGAAAGAAUUCUCAUGGAUGGAAAAUAAAACAAGGGACCAGGUUUUUGCCACAGCAUACAAGACGCUCUUUUCUUUAUCAGCAUCAAUGAAAGCGGAGUUAUCCCAAUUCCUCUCAAGAGCUAAACCAAACGAAUCAUCGAAACUCGUUUGUGCACAGAUUCGAUUGUUUAAAAAUCCUUCAAACCAAAAUGACGUAAGCAUUGAAAGGGGAGCUACGAUGCCAGAUGUUCAAAAGAUUUGGAAUUUUUUUCGAAAUUUUAGUGAUCUAACAACAUACAAAAUAUUUGUCACUUCCGACUCCGAAAACGUCACGCAGCAAGCCCGGAAAUUAUUUCCAAGCCAAAUUAUGGACAUUGGAGGGAAGGUGUAUCAUAUUGAUCGGGAACCUGAUGUGAAAUCUCGGUGCACUGGUUGGAAGCAGGUUAUCCUGGACCAGCAUGUGCUGAUGUCAUGUGACGUUCUGGUGUUGACGUUUAGUGGCGUAGGGCGUGUUUCAGCGUAUGUCAGGGGGAGAUCUGAAGGUCUCUACUGUAUGGUGGAACAUACGCUGGUGAAGUGCCAGCCCAGCGAACUCCGAUCGCUGUACAAUGUGUACGGUUAAAGGGGCACUGAUCUCAAGCAAUUCCCCGAGACUGGUUGUUGCCUUUGAAGUUAGAGUGACUCAAAAACUCACUGAAGUCCUACGAGCUGAGACUUUGAAGUUGCGACAAGAUUUCGACGCUUAAAUAUCAGAUUUGUCAAGUAAACUGAGAGCGGUUGAGAGUACGUGUACACAGAAAAUCGGAAAAUGUGGGCCAAAACUGUGUAAAACUUGCCGAAAAGGUCGGAUGUUUAGAAGUAAAGUUUGCAGAUGCUGCUAACAAUGGGGAUCAGAGUCGUAAUAUCGAAUGUGUAAUGCGGAACAUACCAUUUGAUGCGCGUGAGACCAAAGACAAUAAUGUCAUAUGUAAUAUUGUAAACAGAGUGAUCCGUGAUGGUUUGAACCUCGCCGACGUCCGUGCAGUACAUGCAGUUAGGAAAAAGCGCUCGGAUGAUAAGUCGGGUGUUGUCAUUUUCAGUUUGGAGACAACAGCCCAGAAGAAAAAACUUUUGCAGUGUAAAAAGUAAAGACUUUUCCCGUGUCUACAUUGAUUCAGCCCUCACUCAAGAAGAGUUGAUUAAUAGAUCGAACAUUCAGACAAUAAUCAAAGAAUUCGGCAAGUCCAGUAUCUUCAGAUUCCAUGGGAAACGCCUAGUGACAGCUGAGGAAUAGGACAUAUUGCGGAUAGGUGUUUGGAACACUGGUGGCUGGGCACAGAGAGACCUCAACAAUAAAUCAUUCCGUGAAAGUGUUGUUCACAAUUUGGAGUAUGACGUGUUUGGUGUUUGCGAAACAUUUCUAAAAGGUAAUAAUAAUUUGUCUGUAGACGGUUACACAUGGAUCGGCAAUAAUCGCCGAGAUCAACACAAACGUGCCAAAAGGGGCUCUGGAGGCGUCGGUGCCUUCAUCAAGAACUUUAUAUUACAGUCUUUUAGUGUGGAACUUUUAGAUAAAUGUACAAAUGACAUUAUUUGAUAUAGAUUAACUUCAAAGGUCGUACCCGAUUUUAGAAGAGUGUUUGUUAUUUACCCUCUGUAUCUUCGUCACAUGUGAAUGAUGGUGAAUUGUUUUUUUCAGUUGUUGUUAGAUAAUCUGUAUGAAUAUCAGAAUGAAGGAAUUGUUUGCAUAUGUGGGGAUUUUAAUGCACGUGUUGGUUGUGAGGGGGAUUUUAUUGAGGGGGUUGAUGGUAUCCCAGAUAGGAAAGUUAUUGACAGAAGGGACAAUUCAUAUGGUAGUCUGUUAAUUGAUUUUUUGACCCAAGCCAAUUUGUGUAUGCUAAAUGGUCGGCUUGGAACACAAUGGGUCAUCAGUAGUAGAUUACAUUAUUACAGCCCAUGAGCAUUUGUGUCACUUUAAAACGUUUGAUGUUCUGACUAUGUCAUCACUAGUCAAUGGCUGCAAUGUCCCCGAUAGUAUCCCUGACCACUCGAUGUUAACGUGCGAUAUUUCCCUUCCUUGUUGUCAGGGUAUUCAGGAAGAACAUACACAAGAAAAAUCCAAAUUCUAUGUUAAAGGCAAAAUACCACUCACGUUUUUGAAUGACCGUAUGUGUUUAGAUAGGGUUAAUGCUACAGUUACUAAAAUUGAAUCUGAAUUGUCUGUUCAAGGCGAUAUUAAUAAUGUUUAUGAAGAUUUUGUCUCAUUCAUGUAUUCAGAAUUAGACAGGGUUGUUUUACCUACUGAAAAUAAUUUUUCUAAUUACAAAUCUAAAUCUGUCCGUAAGCCUUACUGGUGUUUAGAGCUCCAACAGCAAUGGGACAAAGCGUGCGAAGCUGAAAAAUGGUAUCUUAAAUGUAAAUCUCCUGUCCGAAAGAAAGUUUUGAAGUUCCAUUUUGUUCAGGAAUGUAAAUAUUUUGACAUAAACGUAGACAUAAACGUUCGCAUCAACUAGCUGAACAGCAGCGUUUACUAGACAAUUAUAAUCAAGUCGACACGCGCAGUUUGUGGAAGACUAUAGUUAGGAUUGGUAUUGCGAAAGACAGAAGUAAUUUUGUUCCCUGGGAGGUUGAAUCCGACGGUAAUGUAUUUUAUUUUUUUAAAACCACGGUUUUGAAUAAAUGGCAAAGCGAUUAUUUGUCGUUAUUUGUGGAAAGCUCUUUCUCGAAUUUUGAUGAUAAUCAUUUGAGUUCGAUUCAAAAUGAGAUUGCGAACAACUGGGUUACAAAUGACCGGACUGACCUGGAUCUUCCAAUUACACGUGCGUAAGUCGAACGAGCAAUUGCACGUGCAAAACGUGGAAAGGCAGUCAGCCUUGACCUUCUCCCAGUUGAGGCGCUUAAGAACAGCACAUGUACCGACAUUCUUUUCAGGCUUUUUACUUUUUGCUUCGAAAACAAUACAUGCCCAGAAACGUUGCGCUAGUGUUAUUAACCCAAUUAAAAAAACCGAUACCAAUCCACGUGAUCCGUUGAGUUAUGGAGGUAUCUCUAAGUUUAAUUUCGGUCCCAUGUAAGUUAUACGCCGUUGUGUUAAACACUCGUUUAAGCCACUGGUUAGAGCCUAAUAACGUUCUUGCUGAUGAACAAAACGGUUUUCGUUCUAAGCGAAGCAGUGAAGAGCAUAUGUUUGGUUUAUUUUCCGUUAUCAAUAAUAGAAAGUUGUCUAGACAAUCCUCAUAUGUUUGUUUCAUUGACGCGAUGAAGGCGUUUGACAAAGAGAAUCGUUCAUGUUUAUGGUAUAAACUUCGUCGGCUUGGCGUCAAUGGUAGAUUUCUUCAUGCUGUGCAAACGGCCUGUCCUCAUCUGGCCUACACCUCAUAUCGCCUACAGUACUAUCAAAACAAAUUUAUGGAUGAGUGCACAUCACACUUGUACCCUUAUCCCUUAAGUAAAAUGAACUCUUCCAACAAGAUAACAAAGAAUGUAAAGACUUUUGAUACUGUAAUUACAUUUUGUACAUGAGAUCAUCUUCACAACUCAAAUGUUUUCACAACAUCAAAUAUCAUAAAUACACAUGUAUUAUCAUAGCACUGUACAUUUAUAUCCAUCAUCUUCAUGUUUUAUAACAUUAGCACUACAUCAUUACUAGCUAAAUUACUGUAAUUUGAUGAAAUGUCCAACUGCAUCCAGAAACUGGAUCACUGAUCUUCUGCCAUUAGCAAGCUGCUGCUUCAGUCUCUUGAUCCUUGCAUCUCGGUCUCUAUCAACACGAGCACAAGGUCUCAUGGCACCACCCAGUCCAAUCUGCCUUCUUGACCGUCUAUCUGCUGUCUCGAUCUUCUUGAGUUCUUUGACAAACUGGAAGAUGUUGGGAUGGGCUCUCGGCAUUCUCUUCUUCAGGUCGUUGUGGAAACCUUCAAGAUGGUUGAUUCCGCAGGGCUCGAGGGAACGUGGCAUUGAAGUUCAGGGUUCUUGAAGGUCGACAGCGGCUUGGGAUUCUGGGAGAGGUGGGAUGGACUUGGAGCAGUGUCGGUAGAGAGCAGGCUGGACACUGGCAAAGGACGACAUCGUGGCAGCAACAUCUUCGACAGCUCGGUCGAGUUCGGCGUUGUAGAUCUGCUAAACAGGGAUGAUGUCUGUCUUCUCUUGCUCCUUCAUUCUGGCGAUGAUGCGGAUGUGUUCUACAUUCUUGGUAGGUGGAUGACUGUGAGGCUUGGUUGAUGUAAUGUGGUCGCCAAUGGUGCUGCAUCUGCCAUUGCAGCCAAUGGUGAUACACUUCCAGUGAACAGCAAGAUGCCGCUUGACAUUCAGCCUGUACCGGCACUUGCUGACCGCCUCUCUGUGAAGUAACGAACUCAGCUCCUUGAAGAUGUGCCAUUUUCAGACUGAUGCACAAACUUAAAAACUAACAUAUAUACCUAUUCCUAAAUUGGAGAUGAGGUGAUCCUGUUAACAUUGUGAAAGCUAUUUCGUUGAUCAAAGUAAAGGGAAACAAUAGUACUUACUAAGGUAUAUAUACACACUUACAAAACUUUUGAGAUGAGUAGACCUUUUAAAAGUGGAUUAUAACAGUAAUCCUGUAUAAACAGUCAAAACAAACUCAAGGAUCAAAUACCACUAUGAAAACAUCGGAUUAGUUCAAAGGCCCAUGUACUCAGGUCAUAAAUACAUAUUAAUGAAUGAAAUCAUUAAUGGGUUAAUGGACAGUACCAUUCUACACAACAGGGGUGUGGAAGUAACCAUUUGUAUCUAGUGUAGGCCAGAUGAGGUGUAGGCGAUAUAAGGUGUAGGCCAGAUGAGGGAAAGCCUUCAAAAUAUGAGCUAUUAACGUUAGAUGAGCAUAAUUGGUAUUCAGAAUUGUGGAAUGAUAGAGGUUUACAAAAUGGAAAUAAGCUUCGUACUUAUCGAUUGUUCAAAAACUCGUUGUCUGCUGAACCCUAUGUUACAUGUAUUAUGAACACGUUGUAGUAUCCUUAGCAAGUUACGCUGCGGCACAUUACCCUUACAAGUUGAAAUUGGUAGAUUUGCUAAACCUAUCACACCUUUACAGGAUAGAAUUUGUAAAUUAUGUAAUAAUAAAGCUGUAGAAGAUGA